AUAAAAAGUCAAAACGAAAAAGACGAGAUCGAUCGAUGUUGUUCCCGCGAACCCGACGACAAAUAUUGACUCGGGGACCUUGAGCCGAAGCAGAAGAACACGUGACGCGCGACCCGGUGGACUCGCCUGUGAAAAGGCGACGAGGGUCGCCAACGACAGCCAGGUUCACUUGCGCUUGCGGAGUCAUGCGCUGGGCGCAGGUGUUCGCGAUGCUGACGAUGCUGACGACGCUGACGACGACGUGCGUUUCAGCUCGUCCGGCUCGCCGCCGACGCAGGUGAGACCUGCUCCAAUUGGUUCUCGCGGGCGGGGCUGACUUUUUGGGGGUUUUUGUUGGUUUGUCAAGGAGCCCCACGGACAGGACUCGACAGCUCGGGAACGCAGACGAGCCGCAGUGGGACUGCUGCGAGACCGCCAACCAGACACUCGCUGAUUGGGCACGCAUUUCUUCAAACGUCACAUCGCAGGACAUGCCCGGCUCGACGUCGAACUUUUCCUCGAAGGACACGUCAAAGUUGCGGUGGCAAGACGGCUCAAAUGUUACGCUGAACACAUCGAAAUUGGUGUCAGAGGACGUCACCUACUCGGUCAGGCUUUCCUACCAGCGCUGCGGCGUGUCCACCUGCGCCAUCACAGAGCUCGCUUCCAAGCUUCAAGUCGGGGACGAAAAGGCCGGCGGCUCCACGACCGACCCGCACGGAUUCGGGAAAAAAUAAUCCCGAGCUCGCUCCUCUCGGUCGUGUCUCCGCUGUUGUCUUUGCGCUUGUCAUGGCGACGGCUUGUGCGUAUCCCUUGAGGUUCGAGUCAUGUUCUUGACCAGAGUUGAUUUCAACAUGGGCACGUUGGCGGACUGGUUAGCGCAUCCGCCUCCCAGUUCUGAGGACCGGGGUUCCUCCGGUUUCCCCCCGCAUCCCAAAAACCCGUGUGGUCGGUUGAUUGACAACUCGAAAUUGCGAAAUUGAAGGUGCGAAUGGUUGUUUGUUUCUAUGUGCCCUGCGAUCGGCCGGCGACCGGUUCGGGGUGUCCCCCGCCUCCCGCCCGGAGAGAGCCGGGACGGGCUCCAGGAGAAGCGGAAGGAACAAAAGAUGAACGAACGAACGAGUUCAACAUAAAGUCACCUCCCGUUCAGCCAAAACGUGCGUGCGUGUGUGUAUUUUGUGGAACGACAUAAUAUGAACUGAUUGUCUGGCUUGAAGAACAUGCAAAUAAAUAUGAUGUGAGAAAAUCCUGUUCUAUUUUCACCGCACUUCAAAUAAACUGACAGGAAGUGGGCUGAGGAUGACGAGCUUGCAGCUUCAUCCCGUUCAUGAGCGCGUUGCGUGAAGUUGGUCAAAGCAGCCGCACGCUUCCGGCGGCGUUUCGAGUCCAUUUCGAGAAAUGAAUCCCGCCACACUCUGGUCAAACCGUCUUUUCGAAACAGCCUCGAAAAGUGUAAAACCACAGUACUUGGUUGUAACAACCAAAUGGAUUGCUCCACCUUCUUUCACCAGGCUCUGCGGCACGCUUAUUCGCUUUUUGAAUGGAAGCGAGACAAGUCAUUGGAUGGAUCCUGUUCAAGCCAAGGUGCUGCCGAGUGCUUUUCUCGCCCAUUUGAAAACGAAUGCCACCCGCCCUAAACCGCCGAUCCACGACUCACCCUUGAAUCGUCUGUGCUACUGAAGAAGAUUGUGAGGGUCGGCUGUCUGGCCUGUGUUCAUGGUCCGUGUCAGCAAAGGGUCUUGCGGCCGGUGCGCGGUCAGCCCCGCCAUCGUCACCGUGGCAACAGGGCCGCCGACCCUAACCUCACGUGCACGGCUUUCACGUCCCCCUUGUCGUCUGCGAAGGAAAGCAAAGGGCGCCGGCAGUGGUCGGCGGGUGACCUUUGACGAAGGGUGUGAGUGAGCGUGGCCUGACGGGGGCGACUGAGAGCUGAGCUCGGACGUGAACGCUGCGAUGAAGUUUCAACGAGUUCCUUCUUCAAUGGGAAGAGCUUUUAUUUUGAUGGUCUGUGAAUCUCUGACAGGAUAUGGUUGCGCUUAUUGCGGAAGAAAUGACACUUGGACUCAGUGGACUUUCUGUGCAGCAGCUCGCUCGCUCGCUCUCGAGUUUGUGACCGUUGAGGAGCGAGAGAGAGAGAGAGACUAAGAGAGCGUGUUUCACGAGGCGCAAAGCCAAGAAGAGGCGGAUUGACGACGGGAACAGCAGCCGGGGAUUCCCGUUACCGUGGUAACCGGGACUCCAAGUGCAUCAGCAUGAACGCGCAACCCCGAAGAGUGCGCUUGAAACCGUGGCUUCUGGCCCAGGUGGACGGCGGCUGUUUCCCCGGUCUUCGUUGGAUCGAUUCGGACCGCCGGCUCUUCCAAAUCCCCUGGAAACACGCCACGCGCAGCGUGCCGACGUGCCAAGAGGAAAACACCAUCUUCAAGGCGUGGGCCCUUGAAACGGGCAAAUUUCAGGAAGGUGUGGACCAUCCGGACCCUGCCAAGUGGAAAGCAAACCUGCGUUCUGCACUGAACAAGAGUAAAGAGUUUCAGCUCAAGUUGGACGGCACCAAACAGACGCCGCUUCAAGCCUUGAAAAUUUACCAAGUUGUCAACACGGACGCCGCCGCGGACGACGAUGAGAUGCCAAAUCUGACGGAGCUGACGAUCGAUUCCGGGAAGUGCGACUCUGCCUCUUCGCUGUCCGUGCCGCAUCCCCUGAGUCAUGUGAACCAGUUCCGCGUGGCCCCCGUGACCUCUGAGCUCCCUCAGCAGGACUUCCAAAUAUUUGACGGGGUCAGCUUUGAUCAUCUCGAGGCCAGCGGCGCGGGCCAGGCUCAGGCGGACCCGGCCAACCUGCUCAGUAGCAUCCCGUCUACAGAUCUGGACCUGAAGUUCCAGUACCGCGGCCGGGCGAUGGGUUCGCUGACCAUCAGUAACCCUCAGGGCUGCCGGCUGUUCUACGGGCAACUGGGGCCCGACCCGCAGCGAGUCGACCUGUGCGGACCCGUCGACCUGCAGCAGGUCCUGUUUCCGGGGACUUCUGAGAUCCCGAGCCAGAAGCAACGUGAAUACACGGAGGCUCUGCUGAACGUGAUGGAUCGAGGCCUCAUCCUGGAAAUCAGGGAGCAGGACAUCUACGCCGUCCGCCUCUGUCAGUGUAAGGUUUUCUGGUCCGGACCGGGGGCGCCCGAUCGGGGUCUGCCCAAUCGUCUGGAGAGAGAGAGGAGGGUCAAAGUGUUCAGCCUCAACGAUUUCCUACAAGGACUGAUCUUGUACCAGAAGGGUGAAGCUCCGAACGUUCCCCCCUACGAGAUCUACUUCUGCUUCGGGGAGGACUGGCCUGAUAUGAAACCCAAAGAGAAGAAACUCAUUGUGGUUCAGGUGGUUCCGGUGGUGGCUCGGAUUCUAACAGAAAUGUUCUCAGGAGAGCAGAGCUGGUCCAUCGAUAGUAUCCGACUGCAAAUCUCGAACCCGGAUGUAAAGGACCAGACAGUGGAGCAGUUUAAGGAGCUCCAGAGACUUCUCCAGAGUCAAAAUAUCCAAGGACUCUGACCUGCACGAUCCCCGGAAAACCGACAUUCAAAGACCCCAGACCAGAGAACCAGGAGAACAUUGAGCAGCACUUGUGCGUGCGUAAAAGUAAAGAAAAGAGGGCCGUGUUCAUUUCAAGAUAGUUUGCUCGUGUUCAGUGGGUUUUAUUGACUUGAACUUCUCACCCUGUUCCUAUAUGGACAUAGUUUCAUGCAUUCGUUCAUUUUCCGUACCGCUUCCCCUCACUCGGCUCGCGGGCGUGCCGGCGCCUGUCCAAGCUCUCUUCGGGCGAGCGGCGGGGUACACCCUGAACUGGUCGCCAGCCAAUCGCAGCCAAACAUUGGGAACACAUCCAUCCACCAAUCCACUUAUGUGCACGUUAACCUGGUCAGGGUCACAGGGAAGCACGAGAGACAAUCACGGUUACCUUCGAGGUGGACACAGACUCCUGAGGGAUGAAAUCGUUGCAUUGAAAUCAUUUGAAUAACCACUUGCAAUGUAGCUAUAGCACCGUACGUUUCCACAAAAUUCCCAAUGUCAUCAAAUGAAAAUGUGUUUUUAUUUGACGUUAAAAAUGCCGCCAUUGGUAGCAAGUUGAUGACAGAGUGUUUGGAGCGGAAUUCUAAUGCGUGCAGACCACGAUGAUGUUCUGGACCUUGGCUUGAAGAAAUCCCCCUGAAUAGAACCUCUCUGACUCCCGGGAUAGGAGGUCCCAGUGGUGGGAGUUUAUUUCUGUCUCAGACAGAUUUGGGAUAAAUCAUGUGACAAACCAAUUGAAUGUGUUGGCAUUAUCGACGUCAUUCCAAUUGCGAGCUCAACCCCACCUGGGUCAUAUUCGUUUUUGCCAAUUCUUGAUGAGGUGGUGUAUCGAUUUAUAUUCCUAUUCAACUCCGUCGACCUGUGCUCGGUAAAUUGGCCUCCCGGAGGACGUAUUUGGUACUAACAGACUUUGAAAAGAUCAUCAAUCCAUUUUUGGGUGGGAAUCCAGCCAUUGUAUUGCAGCAUGGUAGACUUGAUAAGGAUGCGUGUGUUUUGAAGCACUUUCAAUGGAAAAAGAUGUUCAACUUGACUCGAAUGUGAAUGUGCUCUUCGUUUUCCAUCCUGGCAUCAUUUGUGAAUGUAUUAUUUUUUUUCUUCAAGAAAUUGUGACUGAACGGGAACCAUCUCAUUUUCUGUAUUGCUACGUUUAUUUCAUGAUUGUGCGAUUCCGAAAUGCCUUUGUAGUUAUAUUAAAAAGACAAUGUUUUGCCUGAUCACUCAUGCUUGAAUUAAAAGUACACAUCUAACAAAGUC